ACUGAGAGAGAGGGCACACAGGACUGGGGAAGAUCGUCCCGACUGAGACUGGAACUAGUGAAAGUCUGAGAGUGGAGUCUUCAGGAAGGGAUGGGGACAAGUUUUGAGGGGUGAUCAAGAUCACUUGGAAGCCUUUAGUGUGGGAGACUUAAGACGUGGUAAGGCCAGGAUGCUGUGAGGGCAAGACAGAACAGGACAUUUGGGGAAGUAAGGUGACCCUGAAAUUUGUUUUACAGACUUAGACUUUUACAUAAGUCAACAUCAUCAGGCUACAGCUGGAGAUUUCAAGAGAAAUCUACCUUAAAAUGAUGAGAGAGCGGGGUGGAGUCCCAGUAACCGUGGAAAUAGCAACUUAUGAAGAGAAGGUGCACGUUAGAUUUCUUGGAAAGGAGAAAAGGUCAAAUACCUGAGGAUAUUACUUGGUUGUUGAUGAAAUUUCUGUGAAUGCUUAGGUCACGCGUUAACACACAUAGGUUGAGAUCUAAGGAUGGCUGCCCGUCCACCCUUCUGCUUGGAAAGGCACCACUGUCCACGGCACUAAGGGUUAUCAUACGUUGUGAGUUCUCAGGCCUUCCCUCCUGGUUCUUGUCAACCUAGAGCCAGAGUGGAGUCAGGACAUCCCCAGGUCAGCCUCCCUCUGGAGAAUGAGAGGAAAAAAUAUACUUUUGUGUUGUGGGAAGGAUAAAAAAUGUUAGCUUUGAUUUAAACCUAUUUUUUUCUCAAUUUCUGUGCUUAAAUUUCAUUCACCCAGUGGGUUGGCUUGGCUUGGCUGAGACUCCCUUUUGAUUCUGACAAGAUGCUCCUAUCCUGUUAGAGACAUGUUUGACUAGACACAUAUAGUUCAAAGGUGGAAACAUUUCAGGAUUUUCUAAUAGUUUCUUCUCCCCAAAAGUUAUGAGAAUUUUCUCCUGUUUCCUUGGACAUACAUACAGAAGCCGUUAUAAAGAGGACUUUUGUUUCAGUUAUUAGUUUGCACAAUUUUCUUAUUCAUUUAACUCAUGAUGGAAGGUAUACUAAUUAUGAAUGCCUCAUUGCUUGGGAUCAGCUGCCUAAUUUGAGCAGCUCCCUGUUAGGAGUGUUUGGUGAAAAGCAUCUAGGCUUGGUGUAGCUGUUGAGUGACACUGGGGUGUGGCAGAGUUAAGUAAUAGUGAUGCUGGCUGAAUGCCGCUGCUAGAUCGUUAUCCAGGAACUGGCUUAGCUGGCUGGAUGAAAGCACUGAUUGUGGAUUAAAAGGAAGGACAGUGGCAAGGAGGAAAGUCGCCAUAAAACCCAACCCGACCAAACCCACAAUCUGCUCUACAAAAGGCACCAGGAAAGGGCCUAAGGGAGCCUUGAAAUUCACUCCCAAGAUUCAAUCUCUUCAUUGUUAAUAGCAUUUUCAUUUCUUCCAAAUGAUAAGAUCUCUGUGAUGACUCGUUACUUCUCUUCUAAAAUUAAGUGCUAAUCAGCAAGUUAAUUGGAGCCUUUCCUGUUUGGCUUAUAAAUUAAAGUGCCUAUUAGACAUUUAAAUAGACUUUUUUUUUCAGAUUGUAAUCUCCGUUGUGAAAUGUAGUGUGAAUCAUGCAUCUGUGUACAAGUUGUACUUUAAGAAAUUGAUAAUAAGUACCUUGAGGCCAGGAAAUGCUAGCUUUUCAUUCACCCAUCUACCCAUCUACCACCCACCCACCCACCUACCCACUCACUCAGCCACACACCC